CGUUACAUUGGCCAUCCAACUUGCACAUGCAUUGAAGCUUACUAUCAAGCAUGCUUCACCUCCUGACGUGUUAGUUGCUCGGUCUCGUCCAAACAGCUCUAGUAGUGCUUAUUGUCUGCCAACAAUGGGAAACUCACUUCAUAAAGCAUGUUCUGAAAAGGACCUGCAAAAGGUUCGGGUUUUAGUGCUGCAACACCCCGGCCAAAUCAACCAGCAGGAGAAGGAGAUGGACUGGACGCCUCUGCACAUUGCGGCCUUCAAGGGGUCUGACCCCAUAGUGCGGGAGCUCAUGGCGCGGGGCGCCCGCCAUGACAUCACUGACAAGGAGGGCCGCACGGCACUGCACCUGGCCGCACUGAACGGAUUCAGCGCGGUGGUGACGGACCUGUUGCGGCGGGGCGCCUCGCCAGCAGCUCGGGACAAGAACGGCAAGGCGCCAUACGACUACGCAGUACAGAAGCACCCCAACGUGGCCGCGCUGCUGGGAGGGCCGCCGCCGCCGGCCACGCAGCCAGCCGCCGCGGCAGCCGAUGCCGGUGAUUGGGGCGGCACCGUCGCCUCGCCAAGAUCAGCCGGUGGCGCGGCCGCGGCAGCCCCGCAGCCGCAGCCGUCAGGCCGGUUGGCGUCGGGGCCGGGCGGGUCGCAGCACGACCUGUUCGCAGGGGCCCACGCGCCACCAGCUGCACAGCCAGGGCUGGGGUACCCCGCCGCACCCGCCUUCCCCGUGUCGCCCACCGCGGCCGCCACCGGCGUGCCGCCGUACGGCUAUGGGUACGGGGCCGGCGCGUACGGCACCGCGCCGCCGCCCAACACCUCAGUAGCGCCGCCUGCCGCUGGAGCUUACGCAUACCCGCAGCGGCCGCAGCCGUACCAGGCGCCCACCGGCGCAGCUGCUCCUCCUCCCCAGCCCCAGCAGCAACCUUACUACCAGUACCCCUCUGCGCCCGCACCGGGCAAUGCGGGCGGCGCGGCAGCGGCCGCCUCGCACCCGCCACCGGCGCCGCCCACCGCGCCGUCCGUGCCUGUCGCGCCAGCCCACAGCGGGCCACCACCGCAUGGCCGGGAAGGCGGCGGCGGCGGCAACUCAAGCGUGGCACCGCCGCCUGCGCCUGCGUCCGACUUAGACUGGGGGCCUCCAGCGCCAUCGGAUUGGGGUGACGAGCCAGACACGGCCGCCGAUGCGCCGCCUCCCCGGCGCCCCGGCUUCAACCCCAUCAUGAGCGCCCGCUUCCAGCUGGAGAAGCUGCUGGGCGCGGGGCUGGCGCAGCUGGGCAUCCACAGCGGCGGAGGCGCGGGCAACGGGCAGUGGGGCCACGGCGGCGGUGGCGGCGGCAGCGCGCACGGCUCGACCUCGGCCUCGCAGCCGCUGUCGCAGCAGGGGUCGGGCUCCACGCUGCCGCCCACGCCCGGCCGCACCGCGCCCGCCUACCACCCACCCGGCCAGCCCCACCCGCACCUGCACCCGCACCAGGCGGGGCCGUCGCCGCUGGGGCCUAUGGCCGGGCACGGCGGGCUGCUGUCCGAGGGCUCCACCACCUCGGUCUCGUCCAUCUCCAUGGCCGGCCGCACCUACAGCUAUGACGACCUGCGGGCGGCCACGGGCGGCUUCAGCCCCAUCAACAAGCUGGGAGAGGGCGGAUACGGUCCGGUGUAUCGUGGCACGCUGGACGGCAUCCCAGUGGCGGUCAAGGUCAUGGACUGCACCGAGGGCGCCAUGCAGGGCCGCAACGAGUUUGAGGCGGAGGUCCGCAUCCUCAGCGGCCUGCACCACCCUCACGUGGUGCUGCUCAUCGGCAGCUGCCCGGACAAGGGCAUUCUGGUGUACGAGCUGAUGCCCAACGGCUCCCUGGAGACGCACCUGUUUGGCUGGGAGGGCGGCAGGAGCGCAAACGCGGGCGGCGCACGCGGCCCCGUGCCGCUGGGCUGGCGGCACCGCGUGCGCAUUGCGGCCGAGGUAGCGUCGGCGCUGCUGUUCCUGCACUCCGCGCCCACGCCCAUCGUGCACAUGGACCUCAAGCCCGCCAACAUCCUGCUGGACGAGCACCUCACCGCCAAGCUGGGGGACGUGGGGCUGGCGCGGCUGGCGCCCACACUGGGGGCGCCCUCCGGCCCGGCGGCUGCAGCGGCGGCCGCAGCGGGCGGCGUCAAGUCCACCAUCAAGGACUCACGGCUGGUGGGCACUUUCGAGUACAUGGACCCGGAGUACAUGCGCACGGGCGAGUACAGCGCGCGGUCGGACGUGUACGCGCUGGGCAUGGUGCUGCUGCAGCUGCUCACAGGCAGGGAGGGAGCGCAGGUGGUGUCUGUGGUGGAGUCGGCGCGGCGGCAGCCGUUGGGCUUCGGGCCCUGCAUUGACCCGCGCGCGGGCGACUGGCCAGCUGCGGAGGCCAUGGCGUUCGCGGACCUGGCGCUUCGCUGCGUGGAGUACCGCCGCCAGGACCGCCCCGACCUCAGGACGGUGGUGCUGCCCACAUUGAUGCAGCUUAAGCAGCGCACGCAGCUGUACGAGCAGCAGCAGCCCACGGCGGCCUCCUCGCCCUCGCCUCUUGGCGGCGACGCCGUGCCGCCCAUGUUCCUGUGCCCCAUCACCCAGGACGUGAUGGAGGACCCGGUGGUGGCGGCCGACGGCUACACCUACGAGCGACUGGCCAUCACCGAGUGGGUUAGCCGCUCGCCCACCUCGCCGCUCACCAACAUGCGGCUGGAGCACACGCAGGUGGUGCCGAACCUGACGCUGCGAAGCGCCAUCAAGGAAUGGCGGCAGCAGCAGCAGCACCCGCGCCGGUCGGGUCCGGGAGCGGUUGUGGGGGCAGUGGUGGGGACAGGGGCAGGAGCACCGGAAGGUGCACCGUCUGCACCGCCGAUGACGUCGGCGCCGCCGGUGCGGGCGCGCGCAGAUGCCGGCGGGUGGUGAGGAGGUACGUCAUGUGCGUGCUCGGCAGUCAGCACCCCUAGGACUUGCCUGUCCUUGUAGCAAGGGCAGCGUCAGGUUUGAAUGCAGGUAUUGUGCAUGUGUAAUGUACCUGAGGUUGUUGGCACGCAUGGUUGAUUGAGCGUAGGCAGUAGGCUGGUGGGCUAAGGCUGGGCUGAGGCGGAAGCCACAUGUGUGCUGGGAAUUCAUUGAAGGGUGGCAGCGGAGCUGAAAGAGUGUUAUGGACAGUGCAGUCAUGUACACAGUUGGAAGAGGCAUUCCUCCGGACGCGUCACGCGACAGAC